AUGAAAUGUGUUAGUUUUUCGAGUUUUGAACACCCUGGAAGGCUGUCUUUUUCAGUGGCUGAUAUAUUGUUAGAAAGAGCUUUGAGGUGUUACAAUGACUACAACAAGUUCAUCCAUCCGAUCUGCACCGAUGCCAAAUAUUGCGUCAAAGCCGUUUAUCACAACGAUCGUGAUAAAUAUGGUGAUCAUCAUCACCACCACCAUGAGGUCUCCUACUACACUUGCGACACCUUUAAAGAAGCGUACGACUGCACCAUUUACGAAUGUUUCCACUGCAGCGAUGCUGACUACUGCAACGAAGCUGGCAACAAUUUUUCACUCUUCAGUCAAAUUUUCGUCAUUUUCGUUUUCGUCAUGUCGGUCUCGACUUCGAUAACUUUUUAUGCCACUGAAUUUUCAUUGGCGUAA